CACCCUGUCUUCAGUCACCGUACUCAUUCUAUUUUCAUCACAACGCAGGGCACAUCCUGUCACCGGGCCGCCUACGCCUCCUACAACAGGCAAUGGUACGUGGAAGAGCCGCUAUGAGACGCUGCACACGUUCACUUCGCAACGCAUGAAUUACACACGCUGAACAAAGACGACUCUCUCCCCAGAAUUUAAAGUACGAGUUGACCGCUGUCUGCGCAUGCAAUCUGGGACACAAAUCUUGGAGCGCACUGUCCGAGCCUUUGGCGGCGCUGACACCUCUAGAUACAACAUGAUCGGGGGUAGCCCAGCCGAAUCGCAGGCCCAAUUAUCAUCUCUCCCCCCAAGUGACAAAGCCAACCAGCGUCACCAAAACACCACCGGAGCCCUAGUAGGCCUCUACAUCCUUCCGCACGACGCCACCAUUCUCACCACCCGCCUCGACUACCUCCCCUGGACGUCUCUUCCUUGGUUCAUCCAUCGGGGGUUGCAAGACAUUCUCGUCUUCGUCCGAGACGGCAACAUGGCAGACAUGGCCGCGGGUGCCGUGUUAGCCGGGGGCGGCAAUUCCGGCCGCAUCGUCACGGAUAUUGCGGUAGUCUGGUGCGAGGGUCACCGAGACAUGAGAUCGUACGAUGGAACGAUAUCCUGGGGCGUUGAGCCUCCUCCUACUCCUCCUACUUCUCCCUCCUUCUUUGUUUUGAGAUGGAGCGUCGAGUCGGAUGAUGAGGUGUAUCAUGAUUCGCUCUUGGAGAUUAGAUUCGGGGUUCUCUCUUCGGCGUUUUGUGUCAGGGGUCGGGUGAUUGAAUAG